CCAGGACAGUUUCAGAGGCGCCCCCCCACCCCACCCCCCGCCAUCCCCUCCAUUUCCCGGACAGGAGCGGUCCAGAGCCUGCCGCGGCUCCCAACCGGCCCACAUCCUUCUCCAUCCUUCCCUCCCCCCGUCUGCCGCGGCACCGGUAUCCGCAGCCACCAGCCCGGAGCCGGUGAGGCGGCAAAGGGGGGAGGGGGAGGAAGCAAGGGAUGAGCUCCGGGAGGGCGUCGGGGGCCCUGAGCCGGACGAGGACGCCCCUGGAACCGGGACCCGAGCCGGAGCCGGAGCCGGAGACAGAACCAAAUCACCGGUACCGGCUGCAGCCCACUAAACCCAGGAGGCGCCCUGGCCCGCGCUCGCCCCCCAGGGCCUCAUGUCGGAACCACAGCCUGACCUGGAGCCGCCCCAACAUGGGCUGUACAUGCUCUUCCUGCUUGUGCUGGUCUUCUUCCUCAUGGGCCUUGUAGGCUUCAUGAUCUGCCACGUGCUCAAGAAGAAAGGCUACCGCUGCCGCACGUCUAGGGGCUCAGAGCCUGAUGAUGCCCAGCUCCAGCCCCCUGAAGACGAUGACGUGAAUGAGGACACAGUAGAGAGGAUUGUUCGCUGCAUCAUCCAAAAUGAAGCCAAUGCUGAGGCCUUGAAGGAGAUGCUAGGGGACAGUGAAGGAGAAGGGACAGUACAGCUCUCCAGUGUGGAUGCCACCUCCAGCCUGCAGGAUGGAGCCCCUUCCCAUCAUCACACAGUGCAUCUUGGCUCUGCAGCUCCUUGCAUCCACUGUAGCCGCAACAAGAGGCCCCCACUUGUCCGUCAGGGUCGCUCUAAGGAAGGAAAAGGCCGCCCCCGGCCCGGAGAGACCACUGUUUUCUCAGUGGGCAGAUUCCGAGUGACACACAUUGAGAAGCGCUAUGGCCUACACGAACAUCGUGAUGGUUCCCCUACAGACAGAAGCUGGGGCUCUGGUGGGGGGCAGGAAGCAGGGGCCAGUCAGGUGGCUGGGGGAGGGCAGCCUAGGACAGGGACAGCUGCCACUGAGAGGCUGCUCCCUGAGCCACCACCCUCCCAGGCCGUAGCCACCCACCCAGUGCAGAACGGAGGACUCAAAGAUGACAGCCUAGUCCCUAGUACACUUGAGGGAAACCCUGCAACCUCUGCAGAACUGAACUUGGGCACUAGAGGAAGAGGCCCAAGCCUAGGGCUGCCUACUCAGGAGGCAAACGGACAGCCAACCAAACUGGACACCUCAGGUCAGCAGGAAUCUCUACCACCAGAAGAAGGGGGUGUGUGAGGCGAGUCUCCCUGAGCUUGAGAUCAGCCUCAGUCUUCACUGUGCUGAUGGGUUACCAGCAGGCAUUGCCAGGGUAUGGAUAGCCAUGAAGGCUCUCCCCUCCCCGGGACAGCACUGCUCCUCAGUUGAGGGACCAGCUCUACUUCUCUCCGGAGUUACGUGGUCCCAGGCUGAGGGACCUCAGGAGGAGCCCCUCCCCACUCCCAACCCCUCACUGUUUUCCUUUCCCUACCUGCCAACGGGUUGCCUGGCCUGCCUUCCCCAAAACCUCGCUCCACAUGCAAGAGCGUGGCAGCUGGGACCAGGCCCGACCCUUGGCGGGCCCCUAAAGCAAUAGCACCUUAGGCUCCCUGCCCUCUUGGCACAAGAGGCCCAGGCCCUGGCUUGGACUUCAUGCCCUUUAUUCACUGUCAAUAAAUCCGCUCAGACCAUUA